AGCUAUUCCAGUAACUCUGAAAAUACUGAAAAAUGGCACAAGUCUCAUCACUUUAAAUAGUAGGCGUAUUUUCGUUUUCGUAGACAAUAUUUUUAAUUCCGAGAUAUUUGACAUUUACAAAAAACUUCCUUGAAUUAAUGUAUAUGUAUAAUUUAUUAAUGCUUUCAAGAUGAUGAACCAAUAUAUAAAAGAAUUAGAACAAGACCCGUUCGAUCCAGAUGAGUUUGUUGAAAGAAUGGUACGUCGGGGAAUGUCUGAAUCCCGCCUACAGGAUGAUCAGUUUGACCCUGAAAUGAUACAUGAUAUAUUUACCCAAGCCAUACAGGAUUUAAAGGUUUUACAAGAAAGACAAGAAAGGAAGUGUGCAAGAUUGGAACAAGCAGUUCAAGAGGAGGAGAAGUUGUAUGGAGCAAGACUUUCUGAAAUCAUGGAUCAGCACACUCACUGCGUGAACGUUUUUAGCUCAUUGGAUGAACGUAUGUCGCGGUGUGGAGGCAGAGCUCUCGAUGUUGGGGAGAAAUUAGGCGCUGCAAGAGCACCUCGAGCUAGGGCUGCAGCAGCCAGAGACCUGCUGUCUCAUCUGACUCACUUCCUUAGCCCAGGGCCUGUUAUCACGGAUCUGUUUAAUGACUCUAAUAAGCUCAACGAAGCAGCUGAUGUUAUACAAAAGCUUCAUACUAUAGCUCAAGAAUUACCACCUGAUAAAUUUGAGAUAGCUAGAAAGAAAAUAGAAACAAAAUAUGAUGAAAUUGAAAGAAAUCUUAUCGAGGAGUUUGUGAAAGCUCAGAACCAAGGCAAUAUGGUUAAAAUGAAGGAAAUUGCCGCCAUUAUGACCAACUUUAAAGGAUAUUCUCAAUGUGUUGAUGCUUUUAUAGAAACCAGUCAAGUGAAUACUCUACUUGGCAAAGACAUUUUUAGCGCAGUGUUACCACUAUGCAAAAAGAACUACACCAUCAUCAGCAAUGUAUUUCCGAAUCCUGACCAAGUUAUGAGCAAGUUUGUUUUGAACAUUUUCCACCUGAAGUUACAAAAGUAUAUUCAGACAAAACUUGCGGACAAAAGUGAUGUUGACAAAUAUUUAAGGAAUCUCUAUGAUAUGUAUACCAGUACACAGCGGGUGUGCGAUGAACUAGUGGCCGCCGGGUUAGUUUCCGCUGACGGCAAUUCAAAUACUGGUGAUUUGCGACGAGAGGCAUUAGUUAACGGGGCAAUGGCCGGCGCUAACGACGGUUACCCCGCUCUGGAGGGGAGGAGACUGAAAGCUGCAUUAGCCAACGCUCUAAACAACUACUAUACUGAGAAACAACACAUCAAGAAGCAGAUACAAGGCGGAGGUUUCCAAGAACUCCGACGCGACUUGCAAGCUGUGAUCGGUACGCGCGCGAACAUCAACAUCGCCCAAAUUGAGAAUUACGGUGGCGAAACUUUCCUCAGCGAAACUCUGGUGCAGAAAAUGCUCAACGAUGCCAAAACCUCAUUCGUGCGAUGUAAAACGUUAUGCACACCGAAUGAACUUCCUGGAACGACUAUUGGCCUGCUAGAAGUGUUGAUUCAGAAUUUACUGGUGGAACAUGUGGACUACGCCUUAGACUUGGGUCUCCAAUCCAUUCCGAUUGCAGAAAGCAAAUCACCACCUCAGAUAUAUUUCUUCGACAUCGUCAAACAAGCGAAUGCUAUAGUAAAAAUGUUUAAUGAUCACUUUCAAGAAUCCAUAUUGCCAUGUAACAGUUCAACAUCGAAACAAAGCGAAUGCAUACAAAAGAAGGUGUCCAUAAUAGAACAGCUUGAAAGUAAGCUAGAUGCUGGACUCGAACGAGCCAUUGCUGCUGUAGUGAGCUGGGUUAAGCUGCAUCUUCAGACUGAACAGAAAAAGGCUGACUUCAAACCCGAAGGGGAUAUCGACACGCUUGCAUCGCCGGCAUGUCUAGCUGUGGUGUCUUACUUGAACUCCGUUAUGGAAAAGAUUCACGCGGGUUUGGAAGAAGACAACUUGAGCGCUGUCACUUUAGAACUGGCUGUACGACUUCACCGAGUCAUCUAUGAGCAUUUGCAGAAUUUCCAGUUCAAUUCAGCUGGUGCUAUGAUAGCGAUAUGCGACGUGAAGGAAUACCGGUCAGCGGUGUGUGGUAGGGGGGCUCGAGCAGCUCCCGCGCCCGCGCACUCGUUGUUCGACGCACUGCACGCCCUCUGCAACCUGCUGCUAGUGAAGCCGGAGAACUUGCAUCAAGUGUGCGAAGGGGAGACUCUGGCGGAGUUAGACCAGUCAAUUCUGCACAACUUUAUUCAGCUACGUUCUGAUUACAAGAGUCACAAGCUGUCAACGUUCCUCAAAGCUGGCAGUUCUUUAUUACUGGCUGUGACCUGCAUAACAUCACAGGGAAAAGGUUGAGGCUGAAAACCAGCACGGACCAGGGUAAACCUUGGCUCCGCUUACGCUGAGCCUCGUCCUCUUGCCUCCGCUUACGCUGAACCUCGUCCUCUUGCCUCCACUUAAUUUUAUUUUAAGAUACAUACUUGUAAUUUUGGUUUUCCCAUAUAUAGUACGUUUUAAUAAGUGUAUUAUAAUUUGGAGGCAAUAAAACAGUUAUUAUUAUUAUUUAUUAUUGAAUACCAUCUACAUAAGCCGAUUUUAGGUAACAGACCUGUAUGAAAGAUUUCGAAACCGUGUUUCGUAUUUCACCUACAUCAGAAUGUCUGCAGUGGAC